UGGGGUCCUGCCGGCAGGCAUGCUCUUGGGCAGAUCUACGACCGAGACGGCAUGGGCCUUGAAGAUGAAGAUGUCCAGGCAACGUGGGCAUGUAGUGGACUCACCAACCCUAUACCCGCCUCAGUUCCUUCUGAAGACUUUGUCUUUACUCCGGAGUACGGCUGGAAAGGCAAACCCUCCAUGCUAUACACAAUUCUCUCCCUGUUCGGCAACACCAUCACCGAGAUGAAGUUCUGUGGCUACCAAGGCGCGCCAUGUCUCUACAAUACCACGCUGAUCACCGAAGCAAUCCUCGGACCGCUAAAGUUCUUCCAUCACCUCAAAGACCUUACCCUAUCCUUCUGGCUCGGCACGAUCUUCGAGCAGCACAAGCGAGACGACGAAGUAAUGAAAUACUGGCGGGACUCCAAAUCAUCCUCCUCCACUGCUCUCGUGGUGAUCAGUGAACACGGCUGGGAGAGCUCAGGCUGGGGAAAGGAAUUGAAGACCAAAUUCGCCCCGGGUGCUAUAGUCAAGCGGAUCGUGGAGUUCAUAGGGCCGAAACUCAGCAAGCAAGCGAAAUCGCGAAAGGGAGGCCUGCGCGUGCGAGCUUCCUUCGCACUGGGUGAUCACGGCGACGUAUUCGACGUCGAUGUAUGGAUCGGCACCGGCUCCAGUGGAGAGGACGUCUGUCUGAGGUCCACGGAGCCAAUGGAGAACACGGAUCCCGAGCGGCGGAGGGAGAAGCUGGACGAUCGGAGGUGGUUCUAGCAAACACUUGCCGGCGGACUCAUGCUCUGCAGGACCAGAGUCUCGACUCUCACGACCCCAUCUCUCACAACCGGCUCUGAGUCUUCGAUCGUUAGUAUCUGGUUCCGCGGUCCGUUGGUAUUGAGACUGUGUGG